CGUGCUGGUUUCCUUAGAAACGGAGCCGGCCGGGCGGCGGCAGAGAAACGUCGGUUACAUUGGGGUCCCUGGUGAAGCCAAGAUGCCGUCUAAGGGAAAGGACAAAAAGAAAGGCAAGAACAAAGGCAAAGACAAGAAGAAGAUAAUAAAAGCAGAUGAAUCUGCAGUGGAGAGAGCCAAGGCCAGUGCCUCCCUCUGGGAAGCCAGGCUAGAAGUCACAGAACUCUCGAGGAUUGAGUAUCGUGAUACUUCGCGGAGACUGGCAAAAAGUAAUGAGGAGUUAAAGAAACAGCAGUAUAAAAUGGAGAAAGACACAAUGUCUGUAUUAAGUUACCUGAAGAAGCAGGAUCAGGAGAAAGAUAAUAUGAUUGAAAAACUCAAACAGCAAUUGAAUGAAACAAAGGAAAAAGCCAAAGAGGAGAAUGAGAAAUUGGAACAAAAGUAUAUUGUGCAAAUAAAUGAGCUGGAGGGAGAGUUCCAGCAAAAAGCCAAAGAAAUUGGCAUGAUUCAGACAGAGCUGAAAACAAUAAAACAAUUCCAGAAGAGAAAAAUCCAAGUGGAGAAAGAAUUAGAUGACCUUAAGGAGAAUUUAAGGAACACGGAGCGGAAACAUCAGGAGACUCUUAGAAGAUUGGAGGGCAAGUUUUUUGAAGAAAAGCAUCGACUAGAACAAGAGGCUGAAAAGAAGAUAAUAAUGCUGGCAGAGAGAGCUCACCAUGAAGCUAUCGCGCAACUGAACCAUGCUGGAAGAGCCGUUUUUAAAGAGAAUGUUUAUCUCCAGAAAGCCCUCACAUACCACCUGAAGGAAGCUGACGCUCUACAAAAAAACUCCCAGAAGUUGCAAGAUACUCAAACUUUCCUUUUACAUCAGAAGGAAAUCAAUGAUCUGUUGGUUAAGGAAAAGAUAAUGCAGUUUACCCAGCAGAGAUUACAAAUCCAAACUCUUCAGAAAAAGGUGGUAAGCUUGGAGACUGCCCUGAGUUGUAUGACCAGAGAGUUUGAGGCUGAAGUUCUAAAAAUGCAGCGACAGGCAAUGAUAGAGAACCAAGCAGGUCAGGUUGAAAUUGACAAGCUGCAACAUCUUCUCCAGAUGAAGGACAGGGAAAUGAAUCGAGUGAAGAGGCUGGCCAAGAACAUACUGGAUGAGAGAACAGAAGUGGAAAGGUUCUUUUUAGAUGCUCUGCACCAAGUGAAGCAACAGAUCCUACUGGGCAGGAAGCAUUACAAAAAGGUAGCACAAGCUGCUUUCAAUUUUAAAAUGAGAGAGGCAUGUGCAGGAAGAACAGAAUAUCCCCGGAUCCGAACGUUCGAUGGCAAAGAGCACAGCACCAAUAGCGUAACUCAAGAUCUUAUGGAGGCUGAGAAAUGGACGGAUAUUCAAGGAAAUGUGGAUAUUGAAGAUUUGACCUGGGAGCAAAAGGAGAAAGUCUUGCGAUUGCUCUUUGCAAAAAUGAAUGGUUUUGUUUCCAGAAAAUAUAGCCAGAGCUCUAGGCCUUCAGUUCCAGACUAUGUUGUUGCUGAUGAUGGAGAAACAAAGGAAUUUGGGGAUGACAGUAAGCUUCAAGAUCAAACCUUCAUCACCCAGCAAGUACCAAUCUCAGACUCUUCUGGUGAACUGAUGAUACCCAAUAUUCAGAAAGAAUCACAAGAGUCUGACAUAGUCACUAGAUGGCUGUGUCCUCAGCUCCUGGCAUUGUUCCUGGAAUAGAGGCAGAAAAUGCACAGAUCAGUCAACUUGAGGAUGCUAGGCCUCUUAGUUUUAUUUUUUUACUUGCACACAGCCUCCUUGCUGUCAAGAGGGCAUAAAAGGCACUGCAUCUGGCAUAAUAAAACAUUAGCACAUAAUUUUUGAUGGGUUGGAUCUCCUAUCUUUUCUUCAUUUCCUAAAAAAACAUUCAUUACCACUGUUGUUAAACUAUCCUGCUUCCAGUCACACCAAAAUUCUUCCUCUCUAGAUGUCUACUUCAUACUUGUUUCCUUUAUCAGUCACUCCCUUUCCCCUUGGCUGAAGGCCUGCUAGUCUUGCAAAACUCAAGCUGGAGCCAACUCCUUUUGGAUUUUUUUCCUGAAUUGUACAGAUUGAGUAUGAGAUAGUUUCCCUACACCCCUGCAGUACUCUGUGCACUCCUACUGUUAGUGCUUACUAUUGCAUUACAAUAGGGGAGCCUACAGUGUGUGUCUUACUUAAUCUCUCCUUUCCCAAAGCCUGGGGACAGUACCUGACAUAGAAAGAGAUACCAAGACUUACGUCCUGAAUUCUCAGCCCCAUCAGUCACUAGUUGGGAGAUACUGGAUUGGCUUAAGUGUCAGGUCAACUCGGAAGUUUCUUCAAAUGAAUCAGAAAAUAGUGUCUGUUUCCAAAAUAAAGUGCAUAGAAAGGGA